AUGGUUCUAGUGAAUACCGUUCGUGCAAUGGCGUCAUUUGCGGCGCAAGCAGCCCUCCGAUCUCGUUGGAGCUCAUUAAUUGAAUCAACAAGUGUUGAUGUGCCGGGGGAAGUAACGGAUGGGGUCCGUUCUGUCGUUGGAUGGCUGAAACAGGCAUCAUUAGAAGUUCGACAAGUUGGACGACGCGCUGUGAGCCAGCUGUCCGGCCGCGGGAUGGGUGACGACGUUGUGAUCAUACACUACAACGAUGUGUACAAUAUCGAGCAGACAACUAACACAGAACCGGUGGGCGGUGCGCUAAGAUUCAGCACUGCUAUUAAGGCAUUGCAGCAUCUCAACCCUCUCGUUUUGUUCAGCGGAGACGCCUUCUCACCUAGCAUGUUAAGCACAUUCACAAAGGGAGAACAGAUGGUGCCUGUCCUGAACGAAAUAGGAACGCAUUGUGCAGUAUUCGGUAAUCAUGACUUUGAUUUUGGGCUGGAAGUACUCUCCGGACUGGUAGCCCAGUGCAAUUUCCCCUGGCUGAUGUCUAAUGUCAUCGACAAUGAAACCGGGCGUCCCCUGGGCGACGGCAAGAUAACUCACGCACUCAUGUGCAACGGACACAAGAUCGGACUCAUCGGACUCGUUGAACAGGAAUGGCUGGACACGCUGGCGACUAUUAACCCGGAAGAGGUUACGUUCAUUGACUUCCUGCAGGCGGGGUCUAAAUUAGCGUCACAGUUGAAGCAAGAGGGCUGCGAGUAUGUAAUAGCACUCACCCAUAUGCGUACACCGAACGAUAUCAAGUUGGCGGAAGGCUGUAAUGAAAUAGAUCUCAUACUUGGCGGGCACGAUCACGUGUACGAAAUUUUAGAGAUAAACAACAAGUACGUCGUCAAGAGCGGCACGGAUUUCCGACAUUUCUCAAAGAUAAACAUUAGCUUCGGGCCCGAGGGAACACGCGUGGAGAUAUCAGAGAUGCAGGUCACAAGCUCUUACCCGGAAGACCAGGUUUUGAAGGCCAAGGUGGAGAAGUAUUCAGCCAUGAUUGAGGGUAAAAUGGACGAAGUCCUGGGCAAGUUCUGCGUCCCUCUAGAAGGUAGAUUCUCCUGCAUCCGUCGCGAGGAGUGUAACCUUGGCAACUGGGUCUGCGAUGUCUUGUUAGCGGCCACUGGUGCUGACCUAGUCAUCCUCAACUCGGGAACCUUUAGAUCUGAUCAAGUACACCCAGCUGGUGACUUCACUCUUCGAGACCUGUCCACCAUAAUCCCGAUGAGAGAUCCGCUAGUAGUGGUAGAAGCGACAGGAGCUACUAUUUUGAAGAUUCUAGAAAAUUCUGUUAGCAAAUAUCCAAGUUUAGAAGGAAGAUUUCCUCAGGUGGCCGGGAUCUCGUUCGCUUUCGAUCCGUCGAAGCCUCCCGGGCAGAGGGUAGCCGAACAAGUGGUGAAGAUUGGUGACGAGUAUCUGCAACAAGAGCAGAAGUACCGGCUCGCGGUCAAGCAGUACUUGUACGCUGGGAACGACGGCUUCACCAUGAUACCGCAUUGUCCUGUACUGGUGUCGGAGGAUAUGUGCCCAGAGGUGGGCAUGGCCAUUCAGAACCAUUUCGCGGCGAUCAACGUACGGACAGGCAAGUCGCGUCCUUCGAAGCACCGACAAUCCCUUGUCACUCUUAGCCGACGGCAUAGUUUAGUAAAGAUGUUAGAUGGGAGCGAAUUAGACGGACCUCCGCCACUGCGGAGAGCGUCGUCCGCCGCAAUGGAACCCACUCCGCAUCAUCACAGGUUGACGCGACGCGCGUCUCUGGACGACCUUGAGCAGAACGCGUGCGAUUUGGCGCCAAAAGUUGAAAACAGAAUAAUAGUCAUCGAUAAACCGGAGAAACUUCAAGCACUCCUAGCGGCGAGGGCCCGUUGGGAAUCUGACACAGUCAUCAAGGAAGUCGAUGAUGAAAACUCACCCUGA